UUGUAAACAUGGACUUCAAUUCAAGGGAUAACAAUGGCAACUCUGUACUUCACCUAGUGGCCAAAUCUGGGUGCAUCGAGGCGAUGAAGAUUCUUUGCAAAAAUAAGGUUCAAAUAAAUGGCCAAAACAUUGAAGGGAAAACUCCCCUUCAUUUUGCUGUUAAAAGCGGAUCCUACCACCUUGUAGAGUUUCUGGUCUCUCAAGGGAGUGACCUCACUUUAACUGAUAAAACUGGGAACACAGUUUUACACUCAGCGGCGAAAGUAUGCGAUGAGAAAAUGAUCAACACAUUGAUCGAAAUGUUUCGAUCGCACUCACUGUCACUGGAUACCGAGAACUUUAAUGGGAAAAGUGCACUUUAUAUUGCAUUAAACGGAGGUAAGGAAACAACUGUAAAACUCUUACUCAAUGCAGGGGCCAACAUAGAUUCAUUGUUUAGUCUACAGUUUGAGUACAACUUCAGAAUAAGUCAAAUAAUGGAUCUUCGGAAGUUCUCAGGUACAACCUUUCAGUGUUUACUCGAUAAAACAAACAAAUGUUUACUCAAAGACGAAAAUCUCCUUCGUUUGGCAGCUGACUUGGGAUGUGAAAAAUCAGUCAAAAUCCUCAUCGAAGCUGGAAUGAAUAUCGAUGCAAUUUUUUUUAUUGAAUCUUUACAACCUUGGGUAAAAAAUAACCCAGAUUCUUCAACUAAAACAGCACUUCACAUUGCUGCGCAACGCGGUCAUAACAAUGUGAUCAAACUGUUGAUAAACUCGAAGGCUGACGUAAACAUUCAAAACGGAAAGGGACAAUCUCCACUCCACUUUUCACCAACACCAAAAACGUACAAUUUAUUGGUUCGAGAAGGCGCCAACGAAAAUGUAACGGAUUUUGAAGGAAACACUGUUUUACACAUCGCAGCAAGGGACAAUCGCUUGGAAUUGGUUGACUUUCUACUGAACAAAAAAUCCACCGAUGUUGACUGUGAGAAUAGGAUAGGGCAAACUGCCUUCCAUUUUGCUUCCUAUGGUGGGCAUGAAAGGAUAGUGGAAUUGCUUAUCAGAAAAAACGCAAACAUUAAUGUGAAAGACAAUUUAGGGAAGACUGCGAUUUUCUACGCAGUUAAAAGAGAGCACUCCAGCAUGAUCCGUUGUUUGAAAAAGCAUUCAGCGGAAAUUGAUUUGAAUGAUUAUAAAGGUAUGUUACACACAGCUGUACGUCAGUAUAAGACGGAACAAGUUGUUUCGCUACUCAUGGUCGGAGUCGAUGUCAACGAAGUCGAUGAAUAUGAUAGAACUGCCCUGCAUUGGGCCGCAUCACUUGCCCAUUCAGAAGCUGUGUUUCAAUUGGUAGCUGCCGGUGCAAAUGUCAACACCUUGGACAAGUAUGGCAAUUAUCCUUUAAAUUAUGCCGCAGUUUGCUACAAUUUGCGAGAACAUAUGAUUGGAUACCUCAUAGAUUAUUCGACCAACAUUGACCAUAGAGAUAACUUCGGAGAACCUCCCCUUCAUUCAGCAAUUAGGAGUAGUCAUUCAGAUUACCUCACAAACAUACUUAUCGCAAAGCACGCAUCCAUUUAUUUAGUAGAUCUUAACGGAAAUACACCUCUACACCAGGCAAUUUCAAGAAACAAAGACGGUGUGACUCACCUACUCAUUGACCUUCUAGCACCACCAGAGUUGACCAGCCAAAACAAUCGGGGAGAAAUUCCACUUCAUUUGGCAGUUAGGGAAAAUAAAUUUGCACUGGUUGUAAAGCUAGUUGAAAAGGGGGCGUAUAUAGAAAUUACACAACAGAAAACUGCGCUUGAAUUGGCGCGGGACAAAAAUUACUCGGACAUUUAUGAGUAUUUAACAAACAAAUUGGAACUACGAUACGAAGUGGAGCCGUUAAAGUAUUAGACAAUGCUAA